AUGAGAAAUGGCAGAACAUCAAUCAAUGGAAAACUACAUGACCUCAUGAGAAAGCCUAGAAAUUCUACCUGUUGUUCACACUCACUUGUUGGUUUUAGAGAAGACAAGCUACUGUUUCCAGGUGGAAUUGUCCUUUCUCUUAUAGUGCUGUUCAUAUCUACAUUCAAACACAUAAUGCAGACCUCACACGUUAUCCUUGCCGUAGUGGCAGCACUAUGCCUAGUGGUUGUAAACGAUGCUUAUGCCAUUCCCCAAAUGCCAGCUGGUUUUAAUUAUAUGCAAUAUGUUCCCGCCGAGUACCAACAAUAUGUGAAAGCGUAUAUGGGUCAAGGUGGUGCAGGUGCAGCCGCUGGAGGAAUGCCUAGUAUCCCUAAUUUUAUGGGCGCUGGUGGAGCUGGAGGAAUUCCUGGUAUGGGUAACUUUAUGGGCGGUGGAGCUGGUGGCGCCAAUUUCGCCAAUAUGUUCGGCAGCUGGUAAAAAGAUUGACAAGAACCUGAUAAACCCGAUUUAGAAUACAGAAUUAGUCCUUUACGUUUUUCAAAUUUCAACGAGCCGCUUGUAAAAUAUUCAGCUUUUAAAAUUGUUAGCAUUCUCUCCGGUCCGAUGAUAGCAACGCUUUACAAUGAUGUACAUCUGAUGUUUGUACGUCGUUGUAGCUUUUAGAGCAAAGCCAACAAUAGUAAUAAAGUUUUUGUACGUCUUUUACAAUCA